CAUGGUAGCUUGUUUCCCAAUCAAAAAUACCAGUAGACUUUCAAAGCAGAGCCCAAAAAGAAAAAAAAAUCAGAAAAAAUGGCUUCUGAGAAUUGUUCAUCCGGUCCGAAAAUUCCCCUGUUAGCGUCUUCAUCAUCAUCAGGCAUUUCAUCGAACAGUUUGUGUGCAAAGUUGAUCGAUGUAGAAGAAGCUAAGAAUCAGAUUUUAUUUUCAUUGCCAAUGAUUGUAGUGAACAGUUGUUUCUACUUCGUCAACCUUGUUUCCGUCAUGUUCGCCGGACACCUCGGGAAACUCGAGCUUGCUGCUUCAAAUCUCGCCAAUUCAUGGGCUAUGGUUACUGGUUUCAGUUUCAUGGUUGGUCUAAGUGGUGCACUUGAGACAUUAUGCGGCCAAGGAUACGGAGCAAAAAUGUACAGAAUGUUGGGUAUACAUUUGCAGGCAUCGUGCAUCAUAUCGUUCUUCUUUUCCGUGGUGAUUUCUGUCAUUUGGUGGUAUUCUGAUAUGAUUCUGAUUUUACUUCAUCAAGAUCCUGACAUAGCUAGAGAAGCCGGCGUAUUCUUGAGGUUCCUCAUUCCUGGAUUGUUUGCAUAUAGUUUUCUGCAAAACAUUUUGAGAUUUCUUCAGGCACAGUCAAUCAUCAUGCCUCUGGCUUUCUGUUCAGUUGGAUCUUUAGUUAUCCACAUCGGGAUUUCCUAUGCCUUGGUUCAUUGGACAGGUCUUGCUUUUAAAGGAGCAUCAUUAGCGGCUUCUAUUUCGAUCUGGAUCUCACUUCUCACGUUGGGCCUGUACGUGCUCCUUUCGAAGAGAUUCAACCAUAUCUGGAGAGAUGGUCUCUCGUUCGAGCCAUUUCAUCAUAUCCUUACAAAUUUGAAGUUGGCUUUGCCCUCUGCUGCCAUGGUAUGCUUGGAGUACUGGGCUUUUGAGCUUCUUGUGUUAUUGGCUGGUUUGAUGCCAAACUCAGGAACAACUACUUCUGUGGUAGCUAUGUGUGUAAAUACACAAAACAUAGCCUACAUGAUAUCUUAUGGUCUGAGUGCAGCUGCAAGCACUAGGGUGGCAAACGAGUUAGGAGCUGGAAAUCCUGAUAAAGCUAAGCAUGCUAUGUUUGUUACUCUCAAGCUAUCUGUUCUUCUUGCCAUUGCAGUUGAUUUGGCUCUAUUUUUAGGUCAUGAUGUCUGGGCUAGCCUAUUCAGUGAUAGAGCGGAGAUAAUUAACAAAUUUGCCUCCAUGACACCUCUCCUCUUGAUCUCCUUUGUGUUCGAUUUCAUUCAAGGAAUCCUCUCAGGGGUUACUAGGGGUUGUGGAUGGCAACAUUUGGCUAUGUGCAUCAACUUGGCGACAUUCUAUUUCAUCGGUAUGCCAAUAGCCGGCCUCCUUGCUUUCAAGUUCAACCUACAUUCUCAGGGUUUAUGGUUGGGCUUGAUUUGUGGUCUAGCCUUCCAAUCUUCUGGCUUGUUGCUACUUACAUUGAUGACCAGAUGGGGAGAAGUACAAGUCUCAACAAAUAGCAAUAGAGAAAAUGUACUCCUACCUUAACCAUGAGUUUAAAAGAAUUACUUUUGGCUUUUCUUUAUAUAUGAUGAUUGAUUGGUUAAUUAA